AUGGAUCCAAAUAAUCUAUUACAAUGUUUUCAUGCAACAUUGUCACAAGAUAAAUCAAUAAGAACUAAUGCAGAACAACAAUUGAAACAAUAUAAUAAAACACCGGGUUUUUUAGGAGCAUGUUUGGAUAUCAUCAGCUCUGACCAAAUAUCUGCUGAUAUAAAGCUGUCUGCUUCAUUAUAUUUUAAAAAUAAAAUCACUUACGGCUGGCCAGAAAAUUCAAAUAAUCAUACCAAAAAUGACCUUUUAGAUUAUGCAAUUGAUAAUGACGAAAAACCAAUUAUCAGAGAAAUGUUGAUCCAGACAUUAUUAAAAGUGUCCAAUUCCUCUACUGAAUCUCAUACUUCAACAUCUCUCUUGAGAAUUUUGAAAACACCUUUAAUGAUUAUUAUAUCUAUUGAUUAUUCUAAUAAAAAGUGGAAUGAUCUUCUACAAUUUUCUUUAAAUUUAAUAUCUAAUACUAAUGAAUCAGAUCCACAGACAAUAAAUAAUGCUUAUAUAGGUCUGAUUUGUUUGUCUGAAAUUUUUAGAACUUAUAGAUGGACUGAUAAUGAUGCUAGACAAGAUUUAGAAAUUCUAAUUCUAGAUUAUUUCCCUUCACUUUUAAAUUUUGCAAACGAUUUUUUAUUAAAUGAUGGUAAAAAUUUAAAUAAUUAUCAGUAUGGUGAUAUGUUAAAAUUAAUUAUUAAAAUUUACAAGUUUGUUACUUAUAUUGAUUUGCCAUUUUCUUUACAAAAGCAAGAAUCAUUUAUUAAUUGGGCUAAUUUUUUUGUUAAAAUCAUUCAAUUGCCUUUAUCAAAUGAAAUCCUAUCUAUAUCUGAUGUAGAAUUAAGAUCAAAAAACUCAUGGUGUAAAUGUAAGAAAUGGUCGUAUGCAAAUUUAUUUAGAUUAUUCCAAAGAUACUCAACUGAUUCUUUAACAAAAAAAUUCGAAUAUAAUGAGUUUAAAGAUCUAUAUAGAUCACAAUUUUUACCAAAUUUAUUAAAGAUUUUAUUUUCCCAAAUUGAAAAUUAUAAUCCAAAUAUUACAAAUACUACAAAUUGGUUAAGUGAUGAAUCCAUUUAUUAUAUUGUUUCGUUUAUUGAUCAAUCUAUUAUUGAUAAAAAGAUUUGGCCGUUAAUAAAACCAAAUUAUAAUAAUAUUAUUCAAUUUAUUGUUUUCCCAAUAUUAAUUCCAAAUGAAUCAACUUUGACUACUUUUGAAAUUGAUCCACAAGAAUAUGUUCAUAGAAAUUUAGAAUUAUGGGAUAAUGAUUAUUCUCCAGAUUUAGCGACUAUAAAUCUAUUAACUACUGCAGUUACUAAGAGAUCAAAAUCCACUUUAGAACCAACUUUACAAUUUAUUAUUGAAAUUUUGAAACAAAAUAUUACACCAAAUGGUAGUUUACCAUUAGAAAAUGCCAUUAAAAUUGAAUCAGUAUUAAGAAUGUUUUCAUGUAUUAUUGAUAGAUUAACAAAUCCAAAAUCUCCUUAUUAUAAUCAAAUGGAAGAGUUUUUGAAAUCAUUUAUUUUACCAUUUUUUGAUUCAAAUUAUGGAUUUUUGAAGACACGCACCUGCGAUAUUAUUUCAAAAAUUGGUAUGUUAGAAUUUAAAGAUACAUCUAUAAUUCAAAUUAUUUAUCAAGGAAUUUUAAAAUGUUUAACUUCCCAAGGAGAUGAUGAAUGUUUACCUGCUAAAUUGAUGAGUUCUUUAGCUUUACAAACUUUCUUACAAGAUGUACAAUUUCAAUCUUAUUUGGAACCGAAUGUUGUUGAUAUUAUGCAAAUUUUAUUGAAUAUUUCAAAUGAAUUCGAAUCAGAUACUAUUUCAGGUGUCAUUCAAGAUUUUGUUGAACAAUUUUCAAAGCAAUUGCAACCAUUUGGUAUUGAUUUAAUGAAUAAUUUAGUUCAACAAUUUUUAAAGCUCGCUAAUGAAUUAAAUGAUGCCUCGAAUAUCGAUAUUAAUAAUUUUGUUGGUUCUACAGAGGAUUUACCUGAUGAAUCAGAUAAACAAAUGGCAGCUUUAGGUAUAUUAUCAACAACUAUUUCUAUCUUAUUAUCUUUUGAAAAUUCCCCCGAUAUUGUAAAGAAUUUAGAAAUUGCAUUUUACCCGGCUGCUGAAUUUAUUAUGAAGAAUGGUAUUGAAGAUUUUUAUAGAGAAGUUUGUGAAUUUUUUGAAAAUUCCACAUUCUUGUUAAGAACUGUUUCGCCAGUUGCCUGGAAUUUCUUACAAUUGAUAAAUGAAUCUCUUUCUAGUAGUGAUCCAAAUAAUACUAACGACAGCAGCCCUACCGAUAGUAUGAUUGCAUUUUAUUUGGAAGAUUUCAUGCUAAUUAUUAAUAAUUACCUACUAUAUGGUCAAAAUGAAUUGAAAACUAUGCAAGACUAUUCAAACAUUAUCUUUAAAUUGUAUUAUGUAUGCUCUAUGACUAAUAUAAAUGAAGAUUCUACAUUAGAUGAUUUGAAUAUUCUUUUUGAUUUAUCUACUAAGAUUUCCUUUACAUUAAAUGAUAUUAUUCCAUGUGAUCUUAAAGAAAAAAUAUUAACUGAUUCAAUUAAUUCUAUUAUUUCUGAGAAAGAUAAUUUAAAGAAAAAUGUUAUAUUUGGUGUUAACUCAUUCAACGUAAUUAUUACCAACUUAAUUUCAUCACCAUUACAAACAUUACAAUUUUUAUCUAAAAAGAAUGUAAAUAAUAUUAAUUUUAUGGAGCUAUUCUUUGAAACUUGGUUUACUUUUUAUAUUCCAAAUUAUAAGAGAGUUUUCGAUAUCAAAUUAUCAUUACUGGCAUUAAUGAGUGUUAUUGUUAAUCUAUCAAUCGGUGAUAUUAAAACUUUGUCUUUAGAUAAUGUUUUCUUACAAAUAUUGAAUGUUAUAAUUAAAUUAUUUGAAAACUUACCACUAGCAAUGCAAAAUUUAGAAAGACAACGGAAAGAAUUUUCUUUAGAUGAUGCUGAUUUUAAUACUAGAUUUGAUGACUACGAAGAUGAAGAUGAAGAUGAUUUGAAAGAAGAUGAAGCUGAUAAUUUAGUCAUUCAAAACUAUUUGAAAGAAUUGCAAGAAGGUACUAAUGGCGCGGGAAGUGAGGAUUCAAUUAAAUUUGUUGAUGGAGAUCUUUUCAAUGAUAAUGAAGAUUUUGAAGAUUUAGAGGAAGAUCCAUUAUCUGGCUCUAUUCUUGAUAAUACCAAUGUAUUUGAGGUAUUUAAACAAUCUAAUUUACAACUGCAACAGUCUGAUAAUGAAAAAUACCAAUCUAUCUUAAGCACUUUAACACCAGAAAACCAACCAAUCUUUACUAGAAUCAUGAAUAAUGUAUAA